AUGCGGUCGAGUAGCGGGGUCAGUGGAGCCCGCGGAUCUCCCACCGGCGGCUCUUGCGUCAUUGAGACAGACCCCACCCUUGACCUCACCUCAUCUCUUUCGCGCCUUGUGCAGCUUGAGCUCGACCUCUGCCUCCAGCCUGGCGUCUACCUUGGAGCCUGGCUUGCCUGGCCUCUCGUACCAAGUACCAAGACGUCUUGGCUUUCCGUCUACGACACGUACCGAAAUGACACAGAAGAUGGAUCCCCGAGCCUCGUGUGCGGGGAACAGAACUGGUCCGUCGACGCGCGGCUGGCGUGUACAGGCCCCUCUUUGAUUCUGGCUCUGGCUCUGGCUCUGGCUCUGGCUCUGGCUCUGGCUCUGGCUCUGGCUCUGGCUCUGGCUCUGGCCAUGCUGUCUCAUCCGAUUCUGCCCUCAUCUCCAAGAAAGGAAGGCCUCUCCACUUAG